AUGGAUUCAUUUCAAAAUCCUUACGGGUCCACGCUCAACCGCAGCCAAUCUCUGAUGAGUGGCCUGGAGAAGACCCCUCCCACGUUGAAUAAACCCACCCACUCUCGGAGCAGUAGCACCGCCUCCUCCCGUCACUCUCGGAACAUUAAAGACUGGGAGGUGAUGGAUGACCUUCAGGUGGAAAUAAUGUCUGGUGACAACUCCCAGGACCUGACCAUCCCAGGCAUCUGUGAAGGAUACCUCCUCAAGAGGAGAAAAUGGCCACUGAAAGGCUGGCACAAGAGGUACUUUGUGUUGGAAACGGGGAUCUUACGAUAUUCCAAAACCCAACAAGAUAUCACAAGGGGAAAGCUUCAUGGUUCAUUAGAUGUCGGCCUUGCAGUCAUGUCUAUCAACAAGAAAUCCAAUCGUAUCGAUUUGGAUGCAGGAGAUGUUCUAUAUCAUAUGAAGGCCAAUAGUCAUGACUUGUUCUACAUCUGGGUGGCCAAGCUGAGUGCCCAUCGCAUGUUCAAGAAGAAUGAGGCUGCUCAAGUGCACAAUGGCUUUUUCCAGGCCUUGUCCCAGGGCACCGGUGUGCCUGGACUAGCACAGAGGAACGGCAUGCAGGACGUGUCUUCCUACCAACACUACCAUAGCACUGCAGACUCUUACGUGGGUGAGAUAGCUGCACCAACACCGUCCGAGUUUCCCUCUGUCAACCCGGGGGUGAAUGGGAAGGUGUCAGCCUGGUUACAACAGACUCAUGACCCAGACAGCUGUGCUCAAGAGCUGAACCGUUGUCAGUUGGAACUGUCUGAGCUGAACCGACUGGUCCGGAGGCUGCAGUUGCUUGAGGGGGGCCAGCAGGCCUUCACCGACGGCGAGCUGCAGCGCAUCAUCAGCAUGCAGAAUCUCUCUCUUGAGAAACCCAAGAAGUCCAGGUCUUGUAAGAUAUGGGGUCACUCGCGCACAAUGUCAAGGGUAGAGGCCCUUGGAAUGGUAAGACAAUCUUUUCGUGGGAUUACUAAAUCACUGUCCUCUAGUCACCUGAACAGCUCGUCCCAACUGGGUGCAUCUGUCCCCUCCCUUCAAGACUAUGUCCCCGCUGUCCCGGACUAUGUCUACUCCCAGCUGUCCCCUACCACCAACACCUCUCCAGAAGGCAGGAAGAUCCAGCAGGACAUCUGUAGCGUGUCCCAAAGAGUACACGCGUCCCUCAAGUCUGUGCAUGAUGCCUUGGCCCAGGAGCGUCAGAGACUGCAGGAUACCUACCAUCAAUCAACCACACUGGCUGAGACUGUAUCUGGGAACGAGUCCCGUCACACCCCAUCGGUGACAGACUCUGCAGCUGAGUAUUUUGAUGCGAGUGACGGUGUCCUGAAUGGGAGCUUCUCUGAGUCCGAGUCUGGUCUGAGUGAAGGGACAACCAGCAACUCUGAACCUGAGGAAGGACAUGCUUCAGCCACUCGUGAGUACCGUGCCAGCAUCUCUAAGACUCCCAACUGUGUCGUGCCCAAAAAUACGGGCCGCCGUACCACCCUGGCCGCCCACUGCCCGGACAACGCCCAGGUGGGCCUGAUGCAGAUCCUCUAUAACAACAUAGGCAAGGACCUGUCCCGUGUCUCCAUGCCUGCUGCUCUCAACGAGCCCAUCAAUCUGAUGCAAAGACUGUGUGAGGAGCUUGAGUACUCUGAGCUGCUGGACACUGCCAACAACACACAAGACCCCUACCAGAGGAUGGUCUACAUAGGUGCCUUUGCCAUCUCUGGCUAUGCUACAGCUCACUACCGCAACCGCUACAAGCCCUUCAACCCACUCCUGGGGGAGACCUAUGAAUGUCUGAGAGAAGACAAGGGCUUCCGCUACAUCAGUGAGCAGGUCUGCCACCACCCCCCCAUCUCUGCAUGUCACGCAGACUCAGAUAACUUCUCCUUCUGGCAGGACCAGCGGUGGAAGAAUAAGUUCUGGGGGAAGUCACUGGAGAUCAUGCCAACAGGGAUGGUGAAUGUCACUCUCCCAAGGUUUGGGGACCACUAUGAGUGGAACAAAGUGGUGACCUGCAUCCAUAAUGUCCUGAGCCAGCAGCGCUACCUGGAGCACUAUGGGGAGGUCAUCAUCCGUAACCUCAACGGCAACGCAUGCACCUGUAAGAUCACCUUUGUUAAGUCCCGCUAUUGGGGGUCGGACACAAACAAGAAUGAAGUGCAGGGCACCGUACUCGACCAGACUGGGAGUGUUAUCCACCGGUUUGGGGGGCUGUGGCAUGAGGGCAUCUUCUGUGACACCUUGCCCACUCCACAGUGUAUCUGGAAGCCAAAUUCCCAGCCCAAGGACUAUUACCUGUACUACGGCUUCUCAAGCUUCACACUAGAGCUGAACGAGCUCACCCCAGGCCUGAAGCCUCUUCUGCCCCCCACAGACUCACGCCUUCGUCCUGACCAGAGGAUGCUGGAGGAUGGGAGGGUGGAUGAGUGUGACAAGUUUAAAGAAGAAGUGGAAGACAUGCAGAGGGAGCGGAGGAAACAACUGGCUAAGAAAGGACAGGAGCACACGCCACGCUUCUUUAAGAAAGCCAUGGAUUCGUCUGGGAGGGAUGUGUGGCUGACCAAUGGAACUUAUUGGAAAGUCCGAGAGAACCCGGGCUUUGCGAACACAAACAACCUGGAACUAUGGUGAAUCAACAGACCGACUGGGGCCAUUUGGUGGAAUUGGUGAAGGCAUCGAUGAACCGUCCUGAGGCCCCACCUUCCAUCAUUGCCAUCUGAUUUGCACUCCCUCCCUGGCUGCUUCAUGGGAAACCUCUGGGGAAAGUCUGGAAACGACUUGGAUCCACUGAAACGUCAAGUUGAAAAUAGUUCCCAGAAUGUGUAGCGUCACCUGUUCCGCCACCUGGAAAGGAUAAAUAGACUUUUCUCUCAUACUCGUAUUUAGUCCAUUGCAAUGUAUUUAUGGUCAUUCCCCAUUUCUGUACAUUUAUGUUAUCCUGUCAAG